AUGGCAGAAGGCGACAACAGCGAAGAGGUAAUUCACUUGAACAACUUUCACUGCCACCGGGGCCAAGACUGGAUCAGUGUCAGAGAUGGACCCAUCACCAUUUCUGAUUCUUCUGAUGAGGAAGGAAUUCCAAUGCUGGUCACCCCAGCUCCUCAACAACAUGAAGAAGAAGAGGACUUGGAUGAUGUCAUCCUGACAGAAACAAAUAAACCUCAGACAUCACGACCCAAUCUCAUCAAACCAGCUGCCCAAUGGCAAGAUCUGAAAAGAUUGGGAGAAGAAAGGCACAAAAAGUCUAGAGCAGCUUUUGAAUCAGAUAAGAACUAUUUUUCAGUGUGUAACAACCCAUUAUUUGAUUCUGGGGCACAGGAUGAUUCUGAGGAUGACUACGAUGAAUUUCUGAAUCUUGGACUUCCUGGAGUCUCUGAAUUCACUAAAUCAAGUGGCCAAAGAGGAAGAGAACCCCAACCUGGACCAAGUCAUAGCCAAGUAGACAGUGACAUUAUCAACCCUAUAUCAGAACGAAAAAUCAUCUUGGAAAACAGUAACCUUUAUUCAGAAAGUGACCCUCUGAACCAGUCAUCUGAAGACUCAGAGACAGAGCUUGGAGAUGAUCAGGCCAUCGAGGAAGACUGCUGGUUAAAUCAUCCUUAUCUCCAGUCUCUAAACCAAGAGAAUCGUGAGAGAGCAAGCCAGGUUGUCCCUCAGGAACGGCAUCCUGAAGCAGAACUGGGUCCACUGUUGUAUCAACAUGAACUCCCAGGGCCAGCUUUUUCCAGGCCAGCUUUCCCCAGGCCAGAACCCCAGCACGAUGGGAUUUCAGGUCCCUCUUCUCCUCAGCCUGCUCAUCCUAUAGGAGAACUUGAAGAUCAACAAUUAGCAAUAGAUGAUGAUGAGCCAGGGCCAGCCUUUCCACUGCAAGGAUCUCAGGAGCCCAAUUUGGAAAACAUUUGGGGACAAGGAGCUUCUGAAGUAGAUCAAGAACUCAUUGCAUUGUUAGUGAAAGAAACGGAAGCAAGAUUUCCAGAUGUAGCAAAUGGGUAUGUUGAGGAAGUAAUCCGUUUGAAGAAUUAUUAUGACUUGAAUGUACUCUGUAAUUUUCUUCUGGAAAACCCAGAUUAUCCAAAGAGAGAGGAUAGAGUCAUUAUAAACCCCAGUAGCAGCCUGCUUGCCAGCCAAGAUGAGACAAAGUUGCCUAAAAUAGACUUUUUUGAAUAUUCUAAACUGGCUCCUCUUGACCAGCGCUGCUUCAUCCAAGCUGCUGACCUCCUGAUGGCCGACUUCAAGAUGCUCAGCAGUCAGGACAUCAAGUGGGCCCUGCAUGAGCUCAAAGGACACUAUGCAAUCACCCGAAAGGCCUUUUCUGAUGCAAUUAAAAAAUGGCAGGAACUAUCGCCAGAAACCAGUGGAAAAAGAAAAAAGAGAAAAGAAAUGAAUCAGUAUUCUUACAUAGAUUUCAAGUUUGAACAAGGUGAUGUAAAAAUAGAGAAAAGAAUGUUCUUUCUGGAAAAUAAAAGGCGACAUUGUAGGUCCUAUGACCGACAUGCCCUUCUCCCAGCUGUGCAACAAGAGCAGGAAUUCUACGAGCAGAAAAUCAAAGAGAUGGCAGAGCAUGAAGACUUUUUGCUUGCCCUGCAGAUGAAUGAAGAACAGUAUCAAAAGGAUGGCCAGCUGAUCGAGUGCCGCUGCUGCUAUGGGGAGUUCCCAUUCGAGGAGUUGACACAGUGUGCAGAUGCUCACCUGUUCUGCAAGGAGUGUCUUAUCAGAUAUGCUCAAGAGGCAGUCUUCGGGUCUGGGAAGUCUGAGCUCAGCUGUAUGGAAGGUAGCUGCACAUGUUCCUUCCCAACCAGUGAACUAGAGAAGGUCCUUCCCCAGACCAUCCUAUAUAAAUACUAUGAACGGAAGGCAGAAGAGGAAGUCGCUGCAGCCUAUGCUGAUGAGCUCGUCAGGUGUCCUUCCUGUAGUUUCCCUGCUUUGUUGGACAGUGACGUGAAAAGGUUCAGCUGUCCCAACCCUCGCUGCCGAAAGGAAACCUGUAGGAAGUGUCAGGGACUCUGGAAAGAACACAAUGGUCUCACCUGUGAAGAACUAGCUGAGAAAGAUGACAUCAAGUACCGGACAUCUAUUGAAGAAAAAAUGACUGCAGCUCGCAUUAGGAAAUGCCACAAGUGUGGGACUGGCCUCAUCAAAUCCGAAGGCUGCAACCGCAUGUCUUGUCGCUGUGGUGCCCAAAUGUGCUACCUCUGCCGAGUGUCCAUCAACGGAUAUGACCAUUUUUGCCAGCACCCUCGGUCCCCAGGAGCACCUUGCCAGGAGUGUUCCAGAUGCUCUCUCUGGACUGACCCUACUGAAGAUGAUGAGAAACUCAUUGAGGAAAUCCAGAAGGAAGCUGAGGAGGAACAGAAGAGAAAGAAUGGAGAGAACACCUUCAAACGCAUUGGGCCCCCCUUAGAGAAGCCUCCGGAAAAAGUCCAGAGAAUCGAAGUCCUGCCCAGGCCUGUCCCACAGAACCUGCACCAGCCACAGAUCCCUCCCUAUGCCUUUGUGCACCCCCCCUUCCCCUUGCCACCAGUGCGACCCAUGUUCAAUAACUUCCCCCUCAACAUGGGCCCCAUUCCGGCACCUUAUGUACCCCCUCUGCCCAACAUGCGGGUCAAUUACGACUUUGCUCCCAUCAACGUUCCCCUGGAGCACAACCUGCCCAUGCACUUUGGUCCUCAGCCGAGGCACCGGUUCUGAUGUCCCC